ACUAUACCUGGAUGAUGCAGUCCUGCAUCCUACUGUGUGCUUAGUGCUUACGCUCUACAUCGAAGCGUGCAAGACGCGAGACACGACACAAUUUUCAAGCGGCUGGAUAUCUUACCCACUCAUUAAUCGCGAGUGGUGGCAAAAAGUGUCCCACGAGACUGCGUUGCUGCCUGGUGACGAAAGGAGAAGAGGCUCACCGCAUCUGUUGCCUUGGUGAAUUCAUUAACACGGUAGCAGGCAGCUAGCUAGCUAGCUAUAGUUAUAGAUCCCCGACGCAUUAACGAACUUUACAUCGAAAAUUACGGAUGUCAUCUCUCGUUUGUAGUCGACGGGGCUUGAGAUGAAUCUUCACUAAAUACCGGGUCCGGUCACGGGGCGAUAUAUUACGUUGGGAGAAGGAGAUGCACCUUAAAGGUGUAGGAAUGGAUUCCAUGUAAGGCUAAGUAACUAACGGGAGCUAGCAGGCUAGCUUCAUAGAAAUACAAUUGUAGACGAUGCGGCUGCCGCUUAACGUAGCUGCGCUGUUAGCUAACAUGAAUUGUUUGUUUCCCAUUAAGUCUGACGGCGUUUGAGAUAAAUAUAAUGAUUAUACUGCAUUCGACAGCCUGCUAGAAGGCCGACGCGACAAUGGAGUCUUUCCUGCAGAUAGCUCCCCAUUCCUUGGCUAUCGUUCUGUCUAGGGUCGGGGCUGGGGAGGCGGUAGGGGCGGCCAGGGUGUCAGAGAGCGAUGAGCUGCCCAGACACCACACCGGCUAUGAGAUUUUUGCCGAUUUCAAAGCAGAAAACACCCAGCAGCAUGUAUGGAACCAGCGGAUUACAGAGGCUGUAUCCGAGACCUUUUUUCUGGGAUGGAUAGACGAGCAUGUGUUGCUAAUACAAGGGAAGGAGGAUCACCUGGAGGUGCUGAGGGAGGGCUGGAUGCGGAGGUCUCUCAAUCCGCCUCGGGGAUUCACCAUCAAAUAUCUGGGUGAUGUGUCACCCAUCAGUAUGUCCCCGAUCAGCCAAUCACAGUUCAUCCCUUUGGGUGAGGUUUUGCUGUUGGCUAUCUCUGCUAUGAACUCCACCCAUAAACCUGUCACCCAGGAGGCCCUAACUGAACACCUGCAGACAUGUUUUCCAGGUGUUCCAACACCAACAGAGGAGGUUCUGCACCACACGCUAAGCAUGCUGGUCCGUGAGCGGAAAAUCUACCCAACACACGACGGAUAUUUUAUUGUAACCCCUCAGACCUAUUUUAUCACUCCAAGCCUAAUCCGAACUAGUUCCAAGUGGUACCACUUAGAUGAGCGAUCUGCUGACCGACACCAACAUCAGAACCAGCAGCAGCAUCAGCAGACACAGUGCACCUCCCCCCUCUCUGGCACCAUCACCCCAUCUACCUCUGGGGGGGUGCGAGAUCGAGCACACCCAAAGUCCAGCCAGAACCACAGUGGAGGAGCUGGGGAUUCUUUUUACAACAACAGUUACCGUGGAGACGACCCCCCUAGCCACCAUACCACCCUGCAGCGCAGAUCCCCGAAAGACCACAGAGAGGUUUAUUCAUCACCACACUCACCACAGACACCUCCUCAGCAAGCAGGAGGCAACACAGAAAAGAGCCGCAGCACCCUUGGGUUCCCGUUCAAGACGGACACGCUCACCAAGCACCGAGGAGGGGGGGUUGGGGGAGGAGGAGGAACUGGAGACAUAGAGAAACAAGGAGGAGGAAGUGGUGCAGGAAGUCGUAAGUUUGGGUUGAAGCUGUUUCGUCUCAGUUUUAAGAAGGACAAGGCCAAGCAGCUCGCUACCUUCUCUGCACAGUUCCCCCCUGAGGAAUGGCCACUCCGUGACGAGGAGGUGCCCAGCCAGUUGCCACGUCACAUAGAGAUGGAAAUCAUCCGCAGAAUCAACCCUGACCUUACUGUGGAGAACCUCGCUCGACACACGGCUGUUAUGAAGCGUCUUGAAGAAGAACGUGCUCAGAGGAGCAAAGCAUCAUCAGCCAAUCAGAGCUCCAGGAGCAGAAGAAGUGGGGGUAGGCAUAGAAAGCAAUCUCAGACCAAACUCAGCCGCUCUCAUAGCAAGACACGGGCAUCCCGAGGUGAGCCAAGUGACAGCUCCCACCUAGAGCUGGCUGACAGAGACUACAGAGGUUACUCAUCCUCACUGGCUCGGUCCCCAAGAGAGCAAGCGCUGGCAAUGGAGCGGCAAAGGGCCCGCCUUCACCUGGCACACAGCAACCCCAACAUUCUCGACUCCUCCCACCUGCCUGUCACGCCAGAGUGGGAUGUAUCCGGAGAGCUUGCCAAGAGACGCACAGAAAUGCCUUUCCCUGAGCCGAGCCAUGGUCCAUCAGCUCACCAUUCAAAAGUCCAUCGCUCACACUCCCACACCCAGGAGAGGAAGUCUCGGAAUGAACGCAGCGACAAGGCCAAGGAACGUUCCAGAUCUAUGGACAACUCUAAAGGACCACUUGGAGCUGGCCUGAUUGGACCACCUGAUUAUUAUGAUGAUCGAAGCCGUUACUACACUGAUGAUGGCACCCUGCGAGCUAAUCAGAGCUCUUCUCACUACUCUCGGGCCACCCCCCCCUCCACUAAGGUGCCUGGGGAUGCUCUUGGUUUGGAUGGUGGCAGGAACUUGGACAACAGUAAGAGCAGGGACAGCCUACCACUGUACUCACCCAAACCACUGGCUGCCUCCAUCCCUCCCGAUGACUACUUUCAGUGCUCUGGUUCCUCUGAGGCAAUUCUCACUGGAACAAAUCCACUGGGAACUCUGGGCAAAAACAGCCACGACGGAUUAAAACUAGGCAGCAUUGACAGACAAACGACUGACAGGCAGAUAGAUAGAAAAACGUCCCAUCCACCGGAAAACAAGGAGGACUUGCCAAAGGUGGGACCUAAGGGUGGCAGCCUGCCUCCAAUACCUCUUUCUGUCCCUGACCCCCCACUUUCUAAUGGACGACCUCCCCACAGUGCCUCCUCUGGUCAGGAGAAACGGAAGGAGAUCUUUAGUAAAGAUACACUCUUCAAACCUCCUCCUAGCCUUCCUUUGCCCGGCUAUAGUUCUUUGAGAAAACCCACAGCCCUCACCUCCUCUGCUCUGUCCUCAUCCUGUGAUGCUCUUGAUUGCCAGGAAGCCUUUGAUGCUCCAAAGCCCCUGGUGGCAACACCAUCUGCUCCCCCACAGGGAAUUGAAUCCACAUCCAGUGCUGCUGAAGCCUCCUUUGACUACUACAAUGUCUCUGAUGACGAUGAACUGGAGGAGGGGGGCGCUAAGGGUAGAGGAGAGGAUGAGAAGCCUGGAGGAAGUGUUUCUGGGAUGGGCGGAGGUGGAGCAGGGACCAUGCAGUGGCUGUUGGAGAGAGAAAAGGAGAGGGACCUGCAGAGGAGGUUUGAAAGAACCCUCACAUUCCCUGGUGCUAAAGAGAACCUUUCUGAGCCCAGUCAGAACCAGCAAUCAGCACAUUCUGCUAGACUGGACAGCAUGGACUCCAGCUCUGUCACUGUUGACAGUGGAUUCAACUCACCACGAACAAGGGAAAGCUUAGCGUCUAACACCUCUUCAAUAGUGGAGAGUAACAGACGACAGAACCUGGCACUGAGCCCCGGCCACCUCAGCAUCAGUGCUGCAAACGGUCCUCCUUUCUCCUUUCGUGCCAUUCAGGAACCUGCCAGCACCCAACCAGAGAAACUCCAGAAGCCCAGCGCCUGCCUUGCAUCAAUCACCAGCGUCUAGGGUUAGAACUACAGGCUUGGGAGAGCGCAUAGUCCAUGGAAAAGGGCCAGGAAAUCCAACUCCGACUCCCAAGGACUGUUAAAUCUUUUGAUUGACAGACCAACUGAAUCAGUGGAGCUGCGAUUGGUCUGCUGUGGAACUGGACCUGUUCACACAAGCAUAUAGACACAGGCAGAAACAAACAGGAAUUUAGACCCCCAGGAAACCUCUCUUUCUCUCUCACACACAAACUGCAAACACCAUCCCACUGGGCAGCCCCUCACCAUGCCACUCUUCAGCUUCGAGUAAUGUUCUUUCAUUUUUUGGGAUCUUUUGUGUGUGUGUGUGCGUGCGCGCGCGUGUGUGUGCGUUGUGUGUUUAUAGGCGUUAUGUUUGUAUAAUCUAUAAUCUCAGGUUAUGUUAUUUCCACUACCACUCAGACUGCUCCAGAUCAGUGCUUCUCCAACUAGUGGUGUCAGCUGGUAUUGUACACUGAAGAGCUGCAGUUCUGCUGACUGUACUGUUACUGAUGGCACACACACUCUCACUAAUUGUCUCUGGUAGUUAUUAUCUAACAUUUACCACUGACAGACACCCUUUAACCCCUUCUAUCCUAAAAGUCCCUGUACGCAGCCGUCUCCGUUUUUUAAAGGUUACCAGACAUGGCACAUUCAGUCUGCUGUGUACUUCAACUAAAAUCAAUUUGUUGUGCUUAAUUUCUGUUACAUAAAAUUUGGUAGAGUUGCAGUUGAUCAUUUUUAGAGCAGGUUUAAUAACAUCAGUGUUCACUGACUCAUUGUUGUAAAGCUGAUAUUUAUAGUUCUGAUUAGGCAGGAGUAAAACUAGCAUUUUUUUCAGAUGUUUUCAAGUCUGGUGAUAAAGAUAUUGACUUCAAAAUUCUCCCCAGUGUCUCUCAUCUGUACAGCCCAGGGCUGUUCUUCUGGGGCUUACAGUUUUGUAUCUGUUACUAGCUAAUUUUCAGGAUCUUUUUUCAAGUGGAACUUUUAAUUAAAAUAGCCUUGUGCUUGAAAGGUUUUAAGGCACAGAGCCACAGGAAAUUACCAUGAAAACCUUGAAUACCAAGAUGUAACAGCUCUUGGGAGGUAAUUAGACAGUCAGACGAGUAACCUGUAACCUGAACUUUUUCUAAGGUGAUAUCCUCUUGAAUGUGAGCUGUUUUUGUAUCUGUUGGAUGUUAUGACGCUCACCUGAAGCCUUGCCAGUUUUUAGCCCCUCAGCAGUGGUUAUAUAUGGACAGCCUGCAGCUCCAGGGAUAAGACUUUUGACUACAGACUGUUUUGAUUUUCUUCAGAGAUGGAAAUUCUUUUCAUGUUACCCCUGAUGUCCAUAUGGAUGCAACUGCAUUCAUCUCAUUUUGAUGUGAAAAAAAAUUUCUGCAGUUUCAAGCGCUGUGCCAGUGGUUACUGGAUGCAUUUCUGUAGUUCACUAUCAUAAUAGGUUGUGUGUAGGAAAAAAAAAGCAAAUUACAGGGGUGGAGUUAAAAUGUAAGGCAGUAUGUUCAGAAUAUUAAAAUACCUUACACUGCAUAAAUGAAUUUAUAUAUGAAAUAUAUGCACUACCAGUCAAAAGUCUGGACAGACCUUCUCAUUAAAUGUUUUUUAAAAUUAUUUUCUACAUUGUAGAUUAUUACUGAAGACAUCAAAACUAUAAAAGAAUACAUAUGGAAUUAUGUUGUAAACAAAAAAGUGUUAAUCUUCAGUAAUAAUCUACAAGUUAGAAAAAAAUACAAAUAUAUAACAGCAUAUUGAAUGAGAAGUUAUGUCCAAACUUUUGACUGGUGGUGUAAAUGUCUAUGUUUAUUGAUAGUCAACAUAAAAUCAAUAUUUAAUGAUGUGCAGAUUUUUAUUUUUUUUUUAACUGAGAGUCUUUACAUACACAUUGUAAAACUAGGAUUUCCUUUUUGGUGAGAGUUAUUUCAGGGUGAUCUUCAUAUAGAAGUUAUUGAUGUUCUGAUAGGUGACACAGCAUCUCUUACAUACAACCACACUGGCAGACAGACAACCUGCACUGAAGGAUGCAAAUGCAUUCAUACUGACUGCUGAGAUGGCUAAUUUCACGAGAUGAUGACAUUUCCAAUGUCAUUCACAGUAACAAACCCAUUACUAAACUCUACCACACUGCUUCUAAUAAACAUCAGCGUUUUUUGUGGAUAUCAAAGAUUCAAAAUAGUGUGGUGGAUGUACUGCGGGCAGAGACUACUAUUGUUGUGACUAAACGUUUGUUCCUUAUAUCCAAAGAAAACAGGUGGACAGACAGAAAGGCAAACCUACAUAAAUUGUCAGCUAAACAACUCAGUUUUAGAAAUAAAGCACCUGCAUUUGAGUAAAUGCCUGAAGCAGAAAAACUAAAUGCAAGUGAAUCACACAACAUUACAUUUCCGAGGACAAGACUGCUUGAAGAUGUGACACAGCUGCAUUCAGUGGACAUGAGGGGUUACGAUUACACACCUGGCGAGUUUUAAAGAUAAGCUAUUAAAAAUCAUUUGCUAAUUUGAGAAAUUUCUACCAGCAAAAAUAAUUGGCCACAUUCAGUCGGAAAAGGUGGGAAGUGCAUUUUAAAUUAAAUGUGUACAUCUUGAUUUAAGGAAAAGUGAGGUUCUGCCAGUGUUAGAGCCAUUAUUGCAUUAGAUGCCUAAGAAUUCAAUAAAGAGUAUGAGGUCUACAAAAAACAAACCCAAACACCCAGACGAGGGAUACACAACCAGCAGGUAUGUGACUUUUUAUUUCAUGUUACUUGAGUUUUUCUUUAAACUGUUUGAGGUGUAUACUCCUGGUGCUAAGACGUGUUAUGGUCAGUAAAGGCCAUGAUAAUAAUCGUAGUACAAACAGUGAUGACAUUUUUGGAGUAUAGUAUAAAAUUGCUGCUUAGAUGUGUGUUGUAGGUUUAAUCUGCAUACUUUUGGCCAUGAACAUUUAUUCCCCUUUAUCAGGGGACAGUACAGGGAUUACACAGUGACUGAACAGAUGGACAAAUUAACAACUUUGGCGCAGCGAAAUGUGAAAUAAAGCCUGCAUUUGAAGUGCGUUGGUCUCAUAAAAAUUACUGUUGACGUGAGUUGGGUCAACCUAUCUCCAAAAAUUCUGCAGCCCUAUAGGUCAAGGCUUUCCUCUUUUCCUCCUCUCCUAGUGACUGAUCCCUGAGUUGUUAUCCUUUAUACUAUUACCAACUACCUCCACAGCAGCAAAAACACAGCCCAUUCUCUGUGUUAUCCGUGGUCAUCAGCCUCCUGCCUGUGAAUGUCUUACGCACACAUACAGAUACAACCAGUGCCCUCAAACGUAUUUUAACAGUACUGCAAGAUUUUCAUCUACUAUGUGCACACAGCCUUUAUAUGCUUUUUGCAUGUAAAAAAUGUGGACUAAAAGCUAGAGUCGAUUUCUACCUGUCUCAUUGUCAUGUUUUGAUCUCAAAUUCAAAGGAGUUCAGUAGUAAAAACAUUAGUUUCACUACCGUUGAAACACAUUUACAGGACACACUAACACACUGCAUAUCGAAGUGCUGGUAAACCUGCUGUUUCUGUUUCAGUUUCAUCACAAAUCUUUUUUUUCUAAUGGGAUGUGAGAACAUUGUGGUUUCAUGCACCUGCCCACCUAAUCAAUGGCAAUACACAUUUUCAGAAACUCUCCUUAAAGGCCUUGGUCCCAGCUAGCAUUAACAUGCAUCUACAUAGCUCUGAAUACUGGCUGAAAUGCAUUCAAGAAGAUGCAGUGUGAUUUGAUUGCCUUGACCACAUUCAGAGGGAGUCUGGGCUGCAUGUGGCCACAUUCUUGUAGCAAUGUGUAGGUGAAUGUUUCCUUGGACACACUGAGGGCCCACUUAACUGAUCUCCUGUACUUAAGUGGGAGUACAUACUCAUUUGCACACCAGCAGCAUCAUAUUAAAAUGUGACAACGAGUAAAGCCAAGAGUUCAUAGAGAACAUCUUCGGUGUUUUGGUUUGCCUCGAACACGCUAAAGAAUAGACCCGUGUCGUUGUGAUUUCUUCAUCCUCUUUUAAUUUCCAGCCGACUAAGCUUGCUAAAUGUAUUGCUGCUUUCUGCCAUUUAAAAACAACACAUUUGGUCUUUGAAAACAAAAGUUAUUUACAUAUGUGAGUAUUAAUUCUAAUGCAAGAUGUAAAUGGACGUACUUGCGGUGGUUCACUUGUGAUUGGAUCAUCCAAGACGCAUGUCAAUGCCAGGUGCGAACAGGACCAAAGACAUUCAUUGUGCCACACAAAACAGAAGUUGAGAGAGAAGUUCAUCUCUUAUUUCUACUUCCUUGCCCAGCUGCUAUCAUGCCAGUUGUUAUGAUUGUUGGUUUGAAAAUUACCAAGAAAUGUCAAACAAUACAAAAUGAGAUUUAGAGUCAGUCCUACGGCUGUUCUUAGGUUUUAGUCCCCAAAGAUGAUAGGAACUAAAAUCCAAAGGGAAGGAAUACCCUUGGCAGACCUACUGAUAAACCAAAUUUACAUCUCUAUUCUCUGAGUAUACUAUUAUUGCAGCCUGUAGUCUACCACGCCAACAGGCUUCAGAGAGAGUUUUAGUCCCUUUCCUGUCAGUAUUCCAUGGGUAUACUGUACAUUCUUUCUGUAUUGGUAGAAAUAUCCUUGUCUUUGUUCUAGCCCAACAGUAGCAAGUAUUAAGUACUGCAUCAUUACCCUGGGGUUCUAAUCCCAGUUACAGCUCUUCAGAAGGGUCUCUUGUGCCAUUUCUAGCCACGUAUUUAGGUCAUAUCUCCAAUUUUCUGACUACAGAAAGACAUGCGUACAGGGAUAAGUUCAGAUUCUGUUUCUCAAGUUCUUGUCUGGUUUCCACCUUUACCUUUGAGAGGGUGUCCUGUCCCCACAAAUAUAAUAGUUGUAGUUUCUAUUGUACCACUAAACCUGGGUUUAAAUUGUAGUCUAUAUAGUGGAGUUUAAUCUCUGGUUAUCUUUUAGACCACAGUUAAGGGAUUUUGGCUCCUGUGUCACAGUACAGUGAGAGUCUUCUCUCUCUUCUACCAGUAGAGCUGUAGUCUCUUGUCUGUUGGAAGUCAGGGGUCCCAUCACUCAUGUUUAAUGUUUGAACUGCCCCCAACCCCAGGCCUCUAUGCUGUCUGGCCCAGUGGUUCUACAUCAACCCCUUGUCAACUCCAGCCACAAUCCUGUAACAGUACAUCCCUUUUUUACACAGACAGUCCAUGAAAUGUCUUCCCUUAACAUUGGCGGUGGUUUAUAAAAAUAGAGGUUCAACAAUAACGUUGUUUCUAACGGUGACAGUAUGUCAUACCUGUAAAUGAUGUUUAUCUGUCAUGCCUAGUCAAAUAAUUUAAACAACAAAAAGAGGGAUUUUUUUUAAAAAUGUCUAUACUAUCUGAAAGUCCCUUUGAUGUGUCGUACUGGUGUUACCGUUGUUGUAGUGUAUGUGAUACCCAAUGGGGAUUGUGUUACUUUUUAAGAUAAUAAAAUAACAAUGUUUGGUUAUACCA